AUGAUAUCCUCUACCCUUUACUCCUAUUCACUCUCUUAUUACUUCUUCCUUUUUUACUCCCACCAAUUCCUACCUUUUCAUUCAAGGAGAGAUGUUGAUUUUGAGCUUUUCCUUUUCGCUGCUUUUCAACAGUUCACUCUCCUCUUUGUUUUUCUCUCCUACUAUUUCCUUUCUUAUCCUACCACUCUUCUUUUUUCUCCUCCUCCCACCAUUUUUUUCCCUUCUCUUCCUAAAUGGACAUUUUCUUCUUUACUCACUUCCACCAUUAUUACAUGUACAUUUUCUUCUUUACUCACUUCCACCAUUAUUUUUCUUCUCUUCCUUCCACCAUUGCAUCUUUUCACUGUUUUGUUCUCAUCUCUGACUUUCUUUAUCCUCCUCUCACUUUUUUUUUCUUUCCUGUACUCUUCUUCCUCUCUCACUAUUAUUUUCUUUAUUCUCCUCCAUCUAUUCCCACUAUAG